AAAUCUCGACUGUCAACCCGCGAUCACGGGAAUUAGUACGUGUUUGAAUUCUAACUACGCAGUUCAAACUCUAUUCCUUCUGUUAAAGAGUUAGAAAAUGGUCGAUAGCGUGUAUCGAACGCGUUCGUUAGGUGUUCCAGCCACUGGUAUUCCAGAUCAGUACGCCGAUGGCAAGGCGGCAAGGGUCUGGCAACACUACAUUGGCGGACAUAAACAGCGRACUGAACCUUACCAAGAUUUUUUCUGUGGUAUACUGCGGGAUCAUARAGCCAGAAAAGUCUUAGACGUUGCAUGUGGAACUGGUGUUGAUUCAAUCAUGCUUUUGGAAAAUGGCUUUCAAAUGACCAGUGUAGAUGCAAGUGACAAGAUGUUGAAACAUGCUUUGAGGAUCCGUUGGGAACGCCGUAAAGAAGAGGCCUUCGAUAACUGGGUUGUUGAAGAAGGAAACUGGCUUUCACUCCAGGAUGCUGACAUUGAUGUCCCAGAAGGWGGUUUUGAUGCCAUYAUAUGUUUGGGAAACUCRUUUGCUCAUUUGCCUGACUUUGUUGGUGACUUGAGUAGUCAACGCCUUGCUCUCACUAAUUUCAAAGAUCAUUUGAAACCYGGUGGCUGUCUUUUUAUUGACCACCGUAAUUAUGACGCUAUCAUCGACAGUGGCAAGGCUCCACAGAGAAAUGUGUACUAUAAUAGUGAAUGCAUUGAAGACAUCAAAACGUCUCUUCUGUAUGUUGAUGGUUGCCCUACAAUGUUGACAUUGGAUUACACAAUUGAUCCUGGCAAAGCUUCUGCUGACUUCAAUGAAGAUGGGACUCCAUUAGCUAAAAAGAAAAGAGUUUCCCAGCAAGAUGUUAGCAAGUUCCGUCUUUCCUAUUGCCCACACCGACUGGAACGCUUCACAACUCUACUGAAAGAAGUGUUUGGUGAAGAUGCUAAACACACAGUCUAUGGAGACUUGAAACCAUUGGGAGAAGUAGAAACUCCUGCUUACUAUGUCCACAUGAUUGAGAAAUCUGAAGCAUUGGGUGCCAUGAAUGGAGAACAGUAGUCCAAGAAAAAGAUUUUGUUGUCAAAUAUUUUCAGUUAUGUACAAGCUAGUUACUGUUAUUUCACUGGAACAUGUUUAUGAUCAACUUAAUAUUAACAUACAGUAUUAAUAUUCUUAGAUUUUAGAGUGAUUUUCUUUGGCCAUGAAAGAAUUAAUUAAGAAGUUAGUAGACAAUUAAUUAACACAUCAAAUCUAUAGUCUUUUUUGUUUGAACAGUAAUCACUCUGUGAAUAACCGUUAGGUAGUCGUGUUAUCAAUGUCUGAGCAAAUGUACAUAAAUCUAUCAAGUAUUUUUUAUGAGUGCAUGUUUUCAUGAAACAUAAAUUAAUUAGCAAAAAAAACUAUUAGAACUAAAGAAAACAAAUUAAUUCUCUCGUAGUACAAGAUAAGCAAUUGUUUCAUGAUUUUGCUGAACGUUUACGUUAACUAACCGUAAACUGUAAAUAGUUGUCGCUCAAAGAAGAAUUGUAUAAUGUCAUCGAACAUCAUAAAGUCACACCAAAAUGUCCUAAAAGAAAAAAAA